AUCCGUGAUACCCAUAAACACAUAACAGUAAUGUUGGGAAAUGUGUACUACAAGUAUAGCAUGAUUUCAUGUUUGCCCCUUGUCAGUGACGUCAUUCUGACAGCUCUUUUUUUAGGUUAUGCUUAACUGGGUUUGCCUGUCGAAAGGAUCGUCAACCUGUGUCCGCGUCCGUUCGUCCGGUACACGGAGGGUUGGGCGGCAGUUUGUAGCUCCUAGUGGCAAUGAAAGAGUUACUGGGCCGACUACACGUCCUCUGGUCCCCAGCAGCCAGAGGUUGAAAUAAGGUGACGUGCCCGCUCUGAACUACAACUCCCGGCAUCCCCGCCAGGCUCUGGAUUGGCUGGCAGCAGUGACGUCAUAUGUUUUGGAUCUGUACAGUCAUGUGUUCUCUGUUCUUUGUUUUCUAGGAGAAGAGAUUCUGCAAUCAGAAGUUUUGUCAUCAUUGUGCUUUAGGUGAAGACAUCUUAUAUAGCAACUCGAUUUCCUUUACAUACUACCAGCUUAGUUGCUGAAACCACUGCCCAUGUGAAAAUCAACCUUUCCAUUUAUUAAAGGUAGAGGGUAAACUGUUCCCCGGCUGUUGUGUAAUUGCGCAACUGAACAAUGGUACUCAUAUUAGGACGAAGAUUUGUCAGAGAGGAGAGUGGAGUCCGUGAAUCUCCAGCAACUAAACGUAAAGUCUUUGAGAUGGACCAAAAGCAGUUGACAGGUCAUGAAGUGUUUGAUUUUAAUUCUGGCUCUACACACUCUGAAAGUAUCCUGCAGAUCUUCAAUGAGUUCCGAGAGAGUCGUCUGUUUACGGACGUCAUUAUCUGCGUAGAGGGCAGGGAAUUCCCCUGUCACAGAGCCAUCCUUUCUGCAUGCAGCAGCUAUUUCCGAGCUAUGUUUUGCAAUGAUCACAGAGAAAGUCGUGAGAUGUUGGUUGAAAUCAAUGGUAUUUUUGCAGAAGCUAUGGACUGCUUUUUGCAAUACGUUUAUACAGGAAGAGUAAAGAUCACAACUGAAAAUGUCCAAUACCUAUUUGAAACCUCCAGCCUGUUUCAGAUUGGUGUUUUGCGUGAUGCAUGCGCCAAAUUUUUGGAAGAACAAUUAGACCCUUGCAAUUGCUUGGGGAUCCAGCACUUUGCAGACACGCACUCUCUAAAGACUCUCUUCACCAAGUGUAAAACCUUUGCUCAGCAAGCAUUUGAAGUUGUUGUUCAACAUGAGGAGUUUUUGGAGCUCGGUAAAGCUGAACUGAUUGAUUACGUUAGCACUGAUGAUCUGGUUGUCAGUAAAGAAGAGGUGGUAUUUGAAGCAGUCAUGCGUUGGGUGUACCACCAUGUUGACGUCAGAAGACCUAUGCUGCAGGAACUGUUGACACAUGUCAGACUGCCUUUGUUGCAUCCUAACUACUUUGUGCAAACUGUAGAGGUGGAUCAGCUAAUCCAGAAUGCACCAGAGUGCUACCAGUUGCUUCAUGAAGCAAGACGGUAUCACAUCCUUGGAAAUGAGAUGAUGUCUCCACGAACCAGGCCUCGCAGGUCUACCGGAUACUCAGAGGUGAUUGUGGUGGUCGGAGGCUGCGAACGUGUCGGAGGGUUUAACCUUCCUUACACUGAAUGCUAUGAUCCAGUAACAGGGGAAUGGAAAUCGCUUGCAAAGUUGCCAGAAUUUACAAAGUCAGAAUAUGCCGUCUGUGCUCUUAGAAACGAUAUUCUUGUUUCAGGAGGCAGGAUCAACAGCCGUGACGUCUGGAUGUAUAACUCUCAACUGAACAUCUGGAUCAGGGUUGCAUCUUUAAACAAGGGAAGAUGGCGCCAUAAAAUGGCUGUCCUGCUUGGGAAGGUGUAUGUGGUUGGAGGAUAUGACGGGCAGAACAGACUGAGCAGUGUUGAGUGUUAUGACUCUUUCUCCAACCGCUGGACAGAUGUUGCUCCACUUAAGGAAGCUGUGAGUUCUCCAGCGGUAACCAGCUGUGUCGGGAAACUGUUUGUGAUUGGUGGAGGACCCGAUGAUAAUACCUGCUCUGACAAGGUUCAGUGCUACGAUCCAGACACCAAUACCUGGUUACUACGAGCCUCAAUUCCCAUUGCCAAAAGAUGUAUUACCGCUGUGUCCUUGAAUAACCUCAUCUACGUUGCUGGAGGGCUAACAAAAGCAAUUUACUGCUACGACCCAUCAGAGGAUUUCUGGAUUCAUGUGCAAAACACUUUCAGUCGACAGGAAAACUGUGGCAUGUCUGUAUGCAAUGGGAAAAUCUUUAUACUUGGAGGACGAGGUGAAAAUGGGGAGGCCACCGACACGAUUUUGUGCUAUGAUCCUGCAACCAGCAUCAUCACCGGGGUAGCUGCCAUGCCCAGACCAGUCUCGUACCACGGAUGUGUAACAAUUCACAGAUACAAUGAAAAAGCCUUCAAAAUGUGAAUGAUCCGUUUUACAAAACAAGGCUGGAGGAGCAAGUCUACUACAAGCAGAUACAGAAUGCAGAGCAUGUUUAAGUAUUUUAGUAAUUGCACAAAUUAUCUUUUCUAACUUUUUCUUUGCCUGGAUUAAGCCAAAUGUCUUUUCUUGGCUAUGGAGCUUGAUUCCUGGGGAAGAUUUAAAAAAGACAUUUAAUAUAUGUUACAUGAUUUUGUAAAAAUAA